CUGGUGUGGAAUCCAGCCCUCGCAGUUACCUGGGGGCAGCUGUCCUGAGGUCUAGCACAGAGCUCACACAUUUGGCUGUCCUCUCUGCACCCUGCCUGGUGCCUUGGUUACCCACUCCGAUAUAACCAGCCCUGCUCCCACAUUUGCAGCAACUGAACAGUUUGUUUGUCUUGUUCUUGAAGCCACGUGCAGAAUGGCAAUGUGGGUUCAGCAACAGGUUCACCCAAACCUUUCAGCCAAGGAAGAUUCCCUCUACUACAUUGAGGAGUUGAUACUUCAGCUGCUAAACAAGCUGUGCAUCGCCCAGCCACGCACUGUCCAAGACGUAGAGGAGCGCGUUCAGAAGACGUUUCCUCAUCCCAUAGACAAGUGGGCGAUUGCCGAUGCGCAGUCUGCCAUAGAGAAACGGAAAAGAAGAAACCCUCUCCUGCUGCCUGUGGACAAAAUACACCCCUUAUUAAAGGAGGUCCUAGGUUAUAAAGUAGAUUACCAUGUCUCUCUGUAUAUUGUGGCUGUCUUAGAAUACAUCUCAGCUGACAUUCUAAAGCUGGCUGGAAACUACGUUUUCAAUAUACGACACUUUGAGAUCUCCCAGCAGGACAUCAAAGUAUCCAUGUGCGCUGAUAAGGUUUUGAUGGAUAUGUUUGAUCAGGAUGACAUUGGCUUGGUUUCUCUCUGUGAAGACGAACCUUCUUCUUCUGGGGAACUCAAUUAUUAUGACCUAGUGAGAAAUGAAAUUGCAGAAGAAAGGCAAUACCUCCGGGAGCUGAAUCUGAUAAUAAAAGUAUUUCGGGAAGCUUUCCUGUCUAACAGAAAAUUGUUCACACCUAAUGAUAUCGACGUGGUAUUCAGCAACAUUUCAGAUAUUCAUGAGUUGACAGUAAAGCUUUUGGGAUUGAUUGAGGAUACUGUUGAAAUGACUGAUGAGAGCAGUCCUCAUCCUCUGGCUGGCAGCUGCUUUGAGGAUCUUGCCGAGGAGCAAGCCUUUGAUCCAUACGAAACCUUGUCCCAGGAUAUUCUCUCUCCGCAAUUUCAUGAGCAUUUUAAUAACUUAAUGGCAAAACCUGCUGUUGCUCUUCACUUUCAGUCUACUGCUGAAGGUUUUAAAGAAGCUGUACGAUACGUCCUCCCACGGCUCAUGCUUAUCCCAGUCUAUCAUUGCUUGCACUACUUUGAGUUACUGCAGCAACUGCAGGAAUGCAGUGAAGAUGAAGAGGAUCGGGAGUGCUUAAAACAAGCCAUUACUGCUCUUCUCAAUCUCCAGUGCAGCAUGGAGCGCAUCUACAGCAAACACUCCCCAAGACGUCGGCCUGGGGAGCCAGUCUGUCGCUUCUAUAACCGGCAAAUAAGAAGCAAGCACUUGGCCAUCAAGAAAAUGAAUGAAAUCCAGAAAAAUAUUGAUGGCUGGGAAGGCAAAGAUAUUGGGCAGUGCUGUAAUGAAUUCAUAAUGGAAGGCACCUUGACAAAAAUAGGAGCUAAACACGAACGACACAUCUUUCUCUUUGAUGGCUUAAUGAUCAGCUGUAAAACUAACCAUGGCCAGUCACGGCUCCCCGGUUACAGCAAUGCGGAGUAUAGACUGAAGGAAAAGAUAAUCAUGAGAAAAAUACAGAUAAUUGAUAAAGAUGACACAUCUGAAUAUAAACAUGCUUUUGAACUGGUGUCUAAAGAUGAAAACAGUAUACUCUUUGCUGCCAAGUCUGCUGAAGAGAAGAGUAAUUGGAUGGCUGCUCUGAUUUCCCUCCAGUAUCGGAGUACUCUGGAUAGGAUGCUCGACUCAGUGUUACUGCAAGAAGAAAAUGAACAGCCACUGAGAUUGCCCAGCCCAAGCGUGUACCGCUUUGUAGUAGAAGAUUCUGAGGAUAACAUUGUUUUUGAGGACAACUUGCAAAGCAGGAAUGGAAUUCCCAUCAUCAAAGGAGGGACAGUUGUGAAAUUAAUCGAAAGGCUAACGUACCAUAUGUAUGCAGAUCCCAAUUUUGUACGUACUUUCCUUACCACGUACCGUUCCUUUUGCAAGCCCCAGGAACUGCUGAGUUUGCUGAUCGAAAGGUUUGAAAUCCCAGAGCCUGAGCCUACCGAAGCAGACAGGCUGGCAAUCGAGAAAGGGGAGCAGCCCAUCAGUGCAGACCUGAAGCGAUUUCGCAAGGAAUACGUCCAGCCAGUCCAACUCAGAAUAUUAAAUGUUUUUCGGCACUGGGUAGAGCACCAUUUUUACGAUUUUGAAAGAGAUCUGGAGUUACUAGAGAGAUUGGAGACGUUUAUUUCAAGUGUAAGAGGAAAAUCCAUGAAGAAGUGGGUGGAAUCAAUUGCUAAAAUCAUCAAGAGAAAGAAGGCGCAAGCAAAUGGGAUUAGCCACAACAUCACCUUUGAGAGCCCACCUCCCCCCAUCGAGUGGCACAUCUGGCGCGUGGGGCACAGCGAGAUGCUGGACCUCAUGACACUGCACCCCAUAGAAAUUGCUCGGCAGCUGACACUUCUCGAGUCCGACCUGUACAGGGCAGUACAGCCUUCUGAACUCGUCGGUAGCGUUUGGACUAAAGAAGAUAAGGAAAUUAACUCCCCAAAUCUAUUGAAAAUGAUUCGCCAUACUACAAACCUGACUCUUUGGUUUGAAAAGUGCAUAGUGGAAACUGAGAACUUCGAAGAGCGAGUGGCUGUGCUGAGCAGGAUUAUAGAAAUCCUGCAGGUGUUUCAAGAUCUGAACAAUUUCAAUGGUGUUUUGGAGAUAGUCAGUGCGAUGAACUCUGUGUCAGUGUACAGACUAGAUCACACAUUCGAGGCACUACAGGAAAGGAAGAAGAGAGUUUUGGAUGAAGCAGUAGAACUAAGUCAAGAUCACUUCAAAAAAUAUCUAGCUAAGCUCAAGUCAAUCAAUCCACCCUGCGUGCCUUUCUUUGGAAUAUACCUAACGAAUAUUUUGAAGACAGAAGAAGGGAAUCCUGACUUCCUUAAAAGACAAGGGAAAGAAUUAAUUAAUUUCAGUAAGAGGAGAAAAGUGGCUGAAAUUACAGGAGAGAUUCAGCAGUAUCAGAACCAGCCUUACUGUUUACGGAUAGAGCCAGAAAUUCGGAAAUUCUUUGAAAAUCUCAAUCCUAUGGGGAAGAUACCAGAAAAAGAGUUUACAGAUUAUCUGUUCAACAAGUCGUUAGAAAUUGAACCUCGAAACUGCAAGCAACCACCUAGAUUUCCUAGGAAAACAACGUACCCCCUCAAGUCUCCUGGGAUAAGGCCCAAUGCCGGCAGGCACGGCUCCACCUCUGGCACCUUGAGGAGUCACCCGCUGCCACUUGAAAAGGAACCCAGUAAGAUAAGUUUCAGCAGAAUUACCGAGGCGGAGCACGAAGCAGCGGUGUCGGCGCCGACCUCUCCAAACACGCCUUCCACCCCACCAGUGUCUGCCUCGUCAGAGUUCAGCGUGUUUUUAGACAUUGAUCUCAACAGCUCUUAUGGUAACAACAGCAUCUUCGCUCCUGUCAGUUUGCCUCAGUCAAAGACCUUCUUCAGCUCGUGGGGUAGCUUUCCUAAGCUAAGUGAUGAGCCUCAAAACCCUCCUCCGCUUCCUCCUCGAAAGAAGAUGGAUCAGGAUGUUUCUAAUGCUAAGGGAAGUCUGAAAUCGGAUGAUGAUCCUCCAGCAAUUCCACCUCGGCAGCCUCCGCCUCCAAAGAUCCAGCCUCGUGCUCCUGCUUACAGCCCCUUCGAGCAGCCGCUGCACAGCCCUCCUCCUCCCCCCCCUCGGGACCCUCUCCCCGACACUCCGCCGCCGGUACCGCACCGGCCUCCCGAACACUUCAUCAACUGCCCUCUAAACCUGCAGCCGCCUCCGGUGGGACGCUUGCACAGAGAUCCCGACUGGUUCCGGGAGGCUGGCCCGGGCCCCUGCUCUCCUGGCACUCCUCCCAGCACUCCGUCUCCGCGGGUGCUGCGCCGCUGCUGCGUGAUGGGCGCCGCUCACAACAGCCCGGGCCACCCGCCCGCCCCCCCCGUCCCACCCAGGCAGAAUUCGAGCCCUCAGCUCCCGAAGCUGCCACCAAAGACUUACAAAAGGGAGCUCUCCCACCCCCCUUUGCACAGACUGUCUUUGCUAGAAAAUGCAGAAACUCCUCAAUGACCUUAGCCGUAGUAGUCAUUGACACUGGAAUAGUAUUUGUAAAGUUCCUUUUUUUUUUUUUUUAAUUUAUUCCGAAAGGCAGUGUGUUAUUUUAGUACUUUCGCAAACGACGCUCUUAAAAGUGCUGCUGAUCGAACAAAGAAACAGCUUAAAUUGGAGGAAAAAAAAAAAAAAAAGAACAACCCAACAAAAGUCCACGCUCUGGCCUGCGUCUGUUGGACAGCGUUGCCCUCAGGUGACCAGCAGCAUCGCCUUCUUUCACGCCCUCAGUGCUAUGCCAGUACACAGAGAAACCUUUUGCACUGUCGACGACACUAAUCGAGUUGAAACUGACACCAUUUGAUUGCACUGAGCCAACAAAAAAAAAAAAAAGGUGCGUCUGUGGAAUCUUUCUUCUAAUUGGAGCACUAGUGGCCUUUUUUUUUUUUUUUUUUUUUCCUUUUUUUUGAUAAGCACCGUGGGGUGGUGCCGCGAGGUGAGGGUACACACGGUGUCACCGAUCCAAACCUCUGGCCACUUGCCUUCUAACUUUGGGCUUGGAGGUUCGUGAGUGACAGCUGCUGUUCCCCAGUGUAUUAACGCCGUGUCUUAAUUGACGUUGAUCUGCUGCUGAAGACGAAACAAAGAAAAACCCAUGGGAAUCUCAGAGGUGAUAGCAAAACAUCCAGCUGGUGUUGAUUGCUGGGAGGAAGCAUGAACAAGGACUGCCCAUCUCCAGUACUGGAAGGCAUCCCCAGUACGCACUUGGCGUGCAUCUUGUUCAGAUGUGCCUUGUUGUUUCGGUAGGUGAAGGUGUCUUAAGCUAAAGAGUUGUCUGCUCUUCUGGAGAACAAAGCUAUAUGCCGUGUAUGUACAAUUGUUUAUAUUGUAUAUUUACAGAUAGUGCUAAUAACCUGUAUAAAUCUCAGCGAUACGAGGCCUAUCAUACAGUCUGCUGCUCGCGAUCUUCUACGGCCAGAAGCGUUUCCUCUGGCUUAGGAACAGUCUUGCCUUCCAAACCUAAUAACUUUCUUUAGAUUUCACUUAACUUAAUCACGAGUCCGUUCUGGAAAUUGGUAGCAUUUAAACCAGCAAACAUUUAAAGCUUUAUUAAACUUUUUAAACCGAUAAGUGAAUGGAACUUUUAUUUGCCAGUUGGACUACUUGUUUGAACUGGUGUGAGAGUGAAUCUGUUUUACCGGUAGUACUGUAGCAGCAUUUAUACAGUGGCCAGAAGCCACAUUUUAUUUACUGGUCUGUGGCCUUUUACUGUGCUUUGUAUCAGAGUUCUUAACAAGAUUAAUAAAUCACCCCAGUCUUAAUUUUCAA